UCUCAAAAAAUUAGAAUAUCGUGAAAAAGGUCAAUAUUUUUUGUCACUCAUUUCAGAAAGUGAAACCCAUAUAUUAUAUAGAUUCAUUACACAUAGAGUGAAAUAUUUCAAGCCUUUAUUUCUUGACAUUUUGAUGAUUAUGGCUUACAGAUAAUGAAAACCCAAAAUUCAGUGUCUCAGAAAAAUAGAAUAUUACACAAGAUCAAUAAAAAAAGGAUAUUUUAAACAGAAAUGCCAGGCUUCUGAAUGUUCAUUUCUAUGCACUCAAUACUUGGUUGGGCCUCCUUUUGCAUGAAUUACUGCAUCAAUGUGGCGUGGCAUGGAGGCGAUAAGCCUGUGGCACUGCUCAGGUGUAAUGGAAGCCCAAGUUGCUUUGAUAGCGGCCUUCAGGUCAUCUGCAUUGUUGGGUCUGGUGUCUCUCAUCUUCCUCUUGACAAUACCCCAUAGAUUGGGUUCAGGUCAGGCGAGUUUGCUGGCCAAUCAAGCACAGUACCACCAUGGUCAUUGAACCAGCUUUUGGUACCUUCACAGUGUGGGCAGGUGCCAAGUCCUGCCGGAAAAUGAAAUCAGCAUCUCCAUAAAGCUUGUCAGCAGAAGGAAGCAUGAAGUGCUCUAAAAUGUCCUGGUAGAUGGCUGCAUUGACUGUGGACUUCAGAAAACACAGCAGACCAACACCAGCAGAUGACAUGGCAGCCCAAAUCAUGUGUCAAAACUGUGGAAACUUCACACUGGACUUCAAGCAACAUGGAUUCUGUGCCUCUCCACUCUUCCUCCAGACUCUGGGACCUUGAUUUCCAAAUGAAAUGCAAAAUGUACUUUUGUUGUAAGCGAAUCAAUACUGUUUUUAUAUUUUUGGCCUCAUGUGAUUGGACCGUUCUUAAUGCCUCUCAUUACCGCUCAGCAGAUUGUCAUUUGACUGACAGGUACUGAUUAACGUGGAAGCAAGCGAAAUUAUCUCGAGAUGAAAGAAAAUUCGGUUUUAUCUUUACAAGAAUACCCGUUACAAAGGCGUUUGUAUGAAGAAAAAAAACGGAUCAAGGAGCUUGGACCAGAUUGACCCAACUUGCAAAUUCAGCAGCAGUCAAGUGAUCUUACACUCGGUGCUUUUCCGGCACUUCUUAUGGAAAACGGAGUUGGCUAGCUGGAUGCGAUGUAAGUCAUGCCUUUUAUUGUUUUCCCUGUUUGCUGUUUCAAAGUCUUGGCACCGAAACGUUGUGGACAACAACAGGGGUUUGCGAUUUAAAAAAUCUCUCUGAUAAGUGCAAGCAACAUGAAAGUAGCCGCAGCCAACAAUGAAGAGGUCACAAAAAAUCGACACAUCCUGUCUAGAAUAAUAGACUGUGUAAAAUGUUGUGGCGCAUUUGAGCUGGCUUUGCGUGGCCACAAUGAGAGCGAGAGCUCAGAUAACCCCGGGAUAUUCCGUGGCUUGGUCGACUUUGUUGCUUCUCUUGAUGGAGUUUUGAAAGAGCACCUCGAGAAUGCCUCUGUGUUUAAGGGAACUUCGAAAACCGUGCAGAACGAGCUGUUGGACUGUAUGUUGUCUGUUAUGAGGGAACACAUAAUCCAAGAAGCACAAAACAGCGAUUUUCUAUCAAUCCAGGCCGACGAGACCACUGAUAUUGCCACAUUGUGCCAACUUGUGCUUGUGCUGCGCUACAUUGAUGGCAAAAGCAACGUACAGGAGAGGUUUCUUGCUUUUAUUCAUCUGCAUUCAACUACAGCUGAUUCCAUCGCUACAGCACUAAAAGAGCAUCUUACUGUCAUCCUUCCAGAGGAUCAGAAGCGUAAACUCAUCUCCCAAGCGUAUGAUGGAGCCAGCGUGAUGAGAGGUGCCACUGCAGGUGUUCAAAGGAAGAUUCAAGAUGUGUACCCAAAUGCCCAUUACAUCCACUGCUAUGCGCAUCAGCUCAAUCUAAUAAUGCAAAAGGCCACUUCUCACAUACCCAAAGUUAGAAUUUUUUUUCUAACUUUGGAGGAUUUGCCAGCUUUUUUUUCAAGAUCACCCAAGCGCACAGAUGUUCUUGAUAAAGUAGUUGCCCAUAGACUACCAACAUCAAGCAGUGUUAGAUGGAACUUCCACAGCCGUGCCAUCAAUACAGUGUUUGAGCACAGAGAGGGCCUCAUUCGCUGUUUUGAAACUAUUGGAGACUCAGGUGACUUUGACCCUGUUACCACCAGAGAGGCAGGAGGCUUUGCCAUGCUGCUGGAGGAUCACGAUUUUAAUUUUUUUCUGCAACUUUUCCACAACAUCAUGCCACACGUGGACAUCCUCUAUGCCAAACUCCAGAAGAAGGACAUAGAUUCAGUCCACAUUAAGGGGAGCAUCCAGCAGUUCCAGCAGGACAUACAGAAGACCAGAAAUUCUGGGCAAAUUAACCAAAGCAGUGAAGGAGCUUCUCAACCAAAGAGGCGGCGGUUGCUUAGUCCAGACGUCCAUGAACGGAUUGCAACAGAGGUCUGUGACACCAUACUCCAACACACCAUGGAACGGUUCUGCUUCACAAGCUACCUCGUUAGUGCCACCUUGCUGCAAGCAGACAGGUUUGAACAGUACACAGUGGCGUUUCCUGAAGAUGCACUGAGUAGGACUUUGAAGGCAGCUAAGCUAAAGACAGAGCUUAGUCUCAUCUACUACAAGGAAGAGUUCAGAACCUGUUGUGGUGCUGUGGACCUACUGCAGCUGUUUAAGGAGAACAAUCUUGAAGAAGUCUUUUCAGAGACUGUCACUCUUCUAAAGAUCCUCAUCACCACACCCAUGACCACAGCAGAGGCUGAGAGGUGUUUCUCAACUUUGAAAAGAGUUAAGACUUUUCUGAGAAAUAGCAUGACCCAGGAGAGGCUAAAUGCAUUGGCCAUGCUGUCAAUGGAGAAGAGAAUGGUGACUGAGAUCAUUGACUUUAACCAGAAGGUCAUUGAGAAAUUUGCAAGUCAGAAAGAAAGGAGAGCAAAAUGUUUUUUUCAAAUAGUGUUAAUGGCCAAUGAUUAGGUAACUAUAGUGUUUUGUGUUUUUAUUUUGAAUGAUUACCUUGAUUACUUCAUUACUGAUAAUAAACCCACAUUCAAUUCAAAUUCACUGAUUCAUAGUACAUUUAUUUGCAUGUAUUAACAUUGACUGUAAUAAUGAUACAUCACCUGAUUAAUGGCUAUUUAUAGUCCUGCAUUACUGACAGUUGGAUUUUCAGUUUGUUUGCGCCCCCCCAAAUAUUUUUAGCACCAGCCUCCACUGCCAGGGCCUCUUUUUCAAUAGUAGAAUAAGCUUGUUGUGGUAUGCUAAGUUUCUUAGAAGUAAGCCACAGGCCUAUCAAAACCUUGAUAGUCAGCUUGUAACAAAACUGCCCCGAUGCCUACUUCACAUGCAUCCACAGCCAGUUUAAAAGGAAGUGCGAAAUCUGGUGCUCUCAACACAGGUUCGCAGGAAAGAAUGGCCUUCACCUGCUCAAACACUGACUGACAUGACUCCGACCAUUUACACUUAACCCCCUUCCGGAGCGAAUUGGUCAAAGGUUCAGUCACCGAGGCAAAAUUGGGAACAAAUCGCCGAUAAAACCCACACAUUCCCAACACUCGCAUGAGCUCCCUCCGAGUCUUUGGAAUGGGUAAGUUCAAAAUGGCCUGAAUCUGUCAUGGUCUUGGUCUGGUCGGGAUGUUAUCUGCACGUGGGUUGUUGUGUUGUUGUUGUCGGGCACGUGGAGAGUCGUUUGCUGUUCGCGUGUUCGGUGUCUGCGUUUUUCACCCCGCCCUCGUGUCUCCUUAGGCUUCCCCACACUGGUGAUUUUCCAUCCCGCACCUACACGCCUGUUGACACAUUACUCAUUAAGCACUCAUUCCCGUAAUUACCCCACACCUGCCAAUCCUUUCUAUCUCGUUAUGUUCUCCCUUUUAUUCCCUCAGUGUCUCUCGUCUGUUGUCUGACCAUUGCUCGUGUAAGCCUGUGCAGACUGACCCAGACGCUGCUGCAGCACGUCUGACAAAGUUUAGUUUCUCUUGUCUUGUUCUAGUCCUUGUCACAGUAAACCUAGUCUAGUUCAUCUCACCUGUCUCCUCGACCCUUCUUCUGUCGUUGGCAGUUCCCGUGGGCGUUUCACCCGUUACUCGCCGUCUGCAGUCAGCCUUCCUCUGGAGGACCGAAGCAGUUCAUCCUCGCCGGAAUUAUCUUCCGGACUUCCUGCACGAUACUCGGGCGGAGUGAGGUAUCCUAGCGCCUAAAGACUUGUCCUCUCCGCUGGGGUCCUAUCCUCCGCUCUCGCUGCCGUGCUCAACCACCCAAGGAUCUCCACUUCUCACCGCCGCGGGCGGUAACGCUCACGGUUGGGUUUCUAUUGUGUUUUGGCUGACUGUGUGCAAUAAAGUUCUGUUCCACCGCAUUUGGGCCGUUCCUGUGUUUCUGUCAUGACAGAAUCUUAGCCUGUCUAGGAAACACUUGACCCUGUCCCACCUAAUGUCCUAGAUAAGUCACUUGUCCCUUACCUAUCUCACACUUCAUUAGGUUAACCACUAACUUGGCCUGUUGCAAUCUGCAAAAAAAAUCUUCCAGAUGCUUUAGAUGGUCACUCCAUGAGCCACUGUAUACCACCACAUCAUCAAUGUACACAACAACAUUCGUCAAUCCAACAAUGAGAGUGUUCAUAGCUCUCUGAAAAGUUGCUGGGGCAUUUUUCAUCCCAAAUGGAAGAACUUUACACUCAUAAAGACCUCCUGGGGUCACAAAAGUGGAAACCUCCUGAGCUCUAGGAGAAAGGGGGACCUGCCAAUACCCCUUUAACAGAUCUAGUUUAGUUACAUACUCUGCCCUCCCCAUACGGUCAAUGCAGUCCUCCAUCCGAGGGAUAGGAAACGGUCUUUGUGACCUGAUUCACCUUCCUAUAGUCAAUACACAACCGUGAAGUGCCAUCUGAUUUUGGUACUAGCACCACCGGUGAACUCCAUUCACUUUGGCUAUGUUCUACCACUCCUAUUCGUAUCAUAUACUCCAGCUCCUCCUCAACCCUUUUCAGCCUCACAGGACCCAAUCUAUAGUGAUGUUGCUUAAUGGGAAGGGCGUUGCCAAUAUCCACAUCAUGUACAGCUAUACUAGUACGCCCAGGGACAUUCUGGAAUAAUUCGGGAUAUUCUGCUAUCAAAGCCACAAUGUCCACUUGCUGGGUAGCCGAUAAGUGCGUAAGGUGCCGAGCAAGAUUUUGCAUGGCCUCCAACAGUCUCAAGGCCACCAUCCACCACAUCAGAAACCCUUUCCGCUGUAAUACAAGCUACAGGAGUACUCACUUCUGAUCUCCCUACAUAUAAUUUCAAAAGGUUUAUAUGGCACAGACGGGACUUGAUCCUUCGAUCUGGAGUACUGACCACGUAAUUGCGAUCUCCCACUUUCCUCUCAAUCACAUGUGGACCACAGAAACGGGUGCUCAGACUAUCUCCCCGCAUAGGUAGAAGCACCAACACUUUGUCUCCUGGCUUAAAAGAUCGUUCCACUGCCUUCUUAUCAUACUGCAGUUUCAUCCGAACUUGAGCUUUCUUCAAAUUCUCCUGAGCCACUCGACAAGCUGUGACUAAGCGGUCUCUGAAGGUUGCCACUUACUGAAGUACAGAUUCCCCAUUGGACCUGUUCACGAGUCUCUCCUUUAUAAUUCUCAAAGGUCCACGGACCUCAUGUCUGAUCACUAGCUCAAAAGGAGUAAACCCUGUUGCCUCACUCACACUGUCCCGUAUUGCAAACAGAAGAAAAGGAAGGGCUUCAUCCCAAUCCCCGGGAUACUGUACUGAGUAGGUCUUAAUAGCAGUCUUGAGGGUCUGAUGAUAUCGCUCAAUCACCCCCUGCGACUGAGGAUGAUAGGCUGAAGAAACACUCUGUUCGAUCCCAAGUUCGCUCAUAACCUCCUGAAAUACUCCAGACACAAAGUUCGAGCCGCGGUCCGACUGUAAUUGCCGCGGUAACCCAAACCGAGAGAAACAUUUCACGGUAUUCCCUGCGUGCA